GAGGAAAGCUUACUUAGCAGCCAUUUCCAAUCGAUGGAUCCGUGCUGCUACACGCUCGCAUCGAAGCAGUGGAAAAUUUUGUGAGUUAUCCAGAUUUUAUUCUCGUGAAAAGAAACGAAAACUGAUAAUAAAACUACGCCUUAACUAUCAGCGCUGGAAGUUAUGAAUGGAAGACAAUGUGCACAAAGGAGUUCUACUAAGAAAAUUUGCUACACUCGGAACAACGAUAUUUAUUGAUUUAGAAGCAGCUGGUUGAGUUUUCAUGUUUUCGGAUAAGACAUUCUAAAACCAUGACUGAAAUCUGAUCAAAACUAGUUCUAAAAACCAAAAAUUUUAAACUCUAAUUAGUGUUGUGAUUUUAUGCUAGAUUUUAACUAUAAAUCAGUAGAGUUCAUGCAGGUUCAUGAAUAUGCUAUAGAGCUUGUAAAGAUUAUUACUGGUGUACAUUCCUUGAGCAAAUCAAUAAAACUAAACAAAGCCAGGUGAAACGAGGAAGAAAUGACAAACAUUAAAUGGCUGGGCAGUGUGUUCUGCCCAAUUUCCUUGCUGGUGCUAUAUUCGAUCGAGGUCACCGGACAAGGCCUAGACGGGUUUUCCGCGUCGCAGCACUCAAUUGCCAAACGAAUGGAUCUCGAGACCUGUUUAGUGCACUUCGAUAUCCACUUGAACACGAUCAUUCGAACCGAAGAGUCACGCUCGAUGGGUGCCAAGUUUCUUGACAACGCCGAUGUUAGCUCGAGGGAACAGUGCCUGAGACUGUGCUGUGAGACCGAGAACUGCGACGUGUUUGUGUUUGAGGAAAAGAAUCAGGGUACUUGCUUCCUCUUCCAGUGUGGGCCACCAACCGAUUUCCAUUGUAAAUUCACUCGUCAUUUAAACUACACCAGCGCUGUGCUGAAGAUUCCAUCCGUGGAACAACCACCUCCGGCGCUGGUCAGUCAGAUUCACUCACUGGCUCAGUCAUCCCAGGUGUCAAGCUCGCCUAAAUUAUCGCAGCACGAGCUGGAAUUGGUCAACUUGAAAGCACCCAAACCAGCUCCGAAAAGUGACCUUACGACAACAACUUUGCUCCCACCACUCGGCAUUCAACUGGGCCAAGUUCUCACCACAAGUACAGCCAAAUCCAUAACACCGUCCCAGUGCGGUCACUACGAGUUCCCAUGCCAUUCCGGAGAAUGCAUCGCCGUGUACAAUGCGUGCGAUGGAAUUCCCCAGUGCGCCGAUGGUAGCGACGAAGGACCGGAGUGUCGGAGACCUCCCCCGGUAAAAACGUUUCAAGCCGCUCCGAUUCUGCAGCAAUCACAACUUCCAGUAGCCGGUGGCCAAAUGAAUUCGAUACCACUGUCAAACGCACAAAUUUUCCCAACAAAUUUGCAGCAACAGCAGAUGAGAGGACUCCAACAGCAGCAGCAACAACAGCAACAAGAUGAGCAAAAAUUGGCCCACCAGAUGCCGCAUAAUCGGGAAGAUCCAAUGACGGCACCGAAAUCAUGGCCACGUCCGAUUGUGGAAACGCAGGGAGCCUAUGUGGAUACUAGCGACAGUCGCAUAUUCAGUCACAAAGGCGGACUUCAGGUUGCAACCAACAAUAUUUCUCCACCUCAAUACCAGGACUCUCUUCCGGACACCAGUUACGUUCCAAAUAUCCCCAGAAACAAUCCCUACUUACCAAUUCCGGGAAGUUAUCAAUCUGGCGCAUCACAGUGGAGUGAUCCCCGGCUGUCCGCACCACCAAGACAAAUCUGGCCCAAUCAGAUCCAAAUGCCCCAGGAACAAUACAUGCUACCACCACUACAGCACCAACCGGACUCAGUUCAGGUACCUCCACAGCCGGUCCAGAACACCCCACCUCAACAACCACUGCUGACUCAAUCCCAGCAAUCCCCGCCAAUCAGUCCAAACUUGACCGCAGAUAAAGCUAAAUCAAACACCGAAAACGCCGAGGUUCCGAAGAAAACCACUGAAACACAUAAAUCAUCCCCAAAAUUAUCUGAAGAAUAUGAUUCCGACGAAGAUCAGUACCAGGAUGGCAAAUCCUCCAAUGAAUAUCAAGAGGACGAGAAGCCAGUUCCUCCCCAGAAGAAGAAACAACGGAAACACCACAAACAACAACAGCAUUCCGAGGAACACAAGAAAAAGAACAAAUCUAAAACUACGAAAAAGGAUAAAGCAUCUGAACACGAAGGUAGCGAGCAUCCGGCACCAAUUCACGAGCAUCUCAAGAUGCUACGCAACGAUUUGGAGAUCGAGUUCGCUGACCACGAUGGACUGGCAGAAAGACCCGGGGGAGCGGUGCUUUCCCUGACGCUUGGCGCUAUACUGACAGCAGCUCUAGCGAUUCUGAUAGGAUGUCGUAUGAAGGUUGCUCGACGAAGGGUACGACGACAGGGGAAAUCGUCCUAUGCGCACGAUGCUGACUUUCUAGUGAAUGGAAUGUAUUUAUAAAGUGCUUACGUAGUUCUAUCUAGAAGUGCCAUUUCGUUGUUACGCGGGACUUGUUUGAUUUUUACAAAACUAAAGAUGCACCCUUGCUUCGAGACACAUUUCAUUAGAUUGUAAGAAAGUGUAUCCCUGAUUUGCCAGCCACCGUUGAAUAUUUGGUUAAUAAAAAUCUAUUGGGAGAGAA